GUGGCCGCUGCACUGGGAUACCAGACAAACAGCGCCGCUCGACCCCUGGCAGACAGGGCCCCUCUUCAGGACAUCAUUAAAAGCACAUGCACUUGUUUUACACCCAUUGCAUUGGCAGCCUCGGGUGGCAAGAUUCAGGACUCCUACUCUGAAGCCAAGGAGAAGCCAGAGCGGUGGAAAACAUCCUCGCUUUGAAAAUCCAGAGCUAAAUUAAAGAACUACAUGAGAUAAGGAGCUUGAAGAAUAUUAGUUGGCUGCAGGGGUGAGGAGAGACACAAAAAGCACAGCAGGUAAGAGCUGGGAGUUGCUGCCAAGAAGGAACUGUCCCAGGUGGCGCAGCGAAAAGGAUCUCAGAAUUGGAGGCCUGUCCCUUUGAGUCUUCCAUGCGUGCUCAAGCUUGUCUUCUUCCAUCAGUUUCUAGAGGAAGGACGUUGUCAGAGCCUUCCCUAUCCGUGCGACUAAUCCUGUUAUCAGCUUGGUUAUAAAUAUCAAUGGCCCCCAGCCCUUCGGAGACGGUGCCACAAUCAGACUCAGGGCUGUUAGGAAGCCCAUCACCAGUCUCGCCCCUCCCUGCGAGAAAUCGAUGAGACGCAGGGCCGAGCCGACGCGAUGGCGGCCUAUCCGGAGAGCUGUGUGGACGCCACCGUGCUGGACUUCGUCGCAGACCUGUCUCUGGCCUCCCCGGGGCGCCCUCUCCUCUGUGGCUUCGCGCCCGGGGUCCCCUUUGGGGACCGAGACGGAAGACCCAGGAGGCUGGCGCGCUUUGAGGAGGAGGAUCCAGAAGACGAUGAGGGCGAAGUAGACGAGGAAGAGGAGGAAGAGGAGCACGGCAGAGGCGCGUCCCUGCUGGGCCGCCCCAAGAGGAAAAGGGUGAUCACCUACGCUCAGCGCCAGGCCGCCAACAUCCGCGAGAGGAAGCGGAUGUUCAACCUCAACGAGGCCUUCGACCAGCUGCGGAGGAAGGUGCCCACUUUUGCUUAUGAGAAGAGGCUGUCCCGGAUCGAGACACUACGCCUGGCCAUCGUCUAUAUUUCCUUCAUGACCGAGCUCUUAGAGAGCUGCGAGAAGAAAGAAACCGGCUGAGCCGGGUGGGAUGGAGGUGUCUGCCCCCUCCCCGCCUGGGCGCGUGCGGGCUUCGGGUGUAUCAGGACCCGGCAGUGGUGCGGCUGAAAGGUUAGGAAAGACGCUCCAAGACAGAAUGUCUGACGUUCUGGAGCUUGGUUCGGGAUUGUAAAAUCCCCACAGCGCUCGAGAAGAGUGGCAGCCGUAGAGUUAAUAUA